UACCUUUUGCCACCACAUUCCGUUACGCCUGGGAGCAGUGUUUGAGACCAAUCUAAUCAAUCAACACGGUUGCUAUCGAAAGUGAUAAGAGCGAAAUAAAAGGUAUGGUGUUGAUAGUGAGGUUGAAAAAUUGAUAAAAUUAAGCUGACUACAACAGGCGUAACAGCGCCACGGUAACACGGUGCUUUAACCGAUGCCAUCAAUUGCAUGUGCUUCGAGUGCGUUCAGUGUGGUUCUGGUGCGAUUUACAUAAGACAACGUACGACCGAAAGAGCCAAAGUUCGACAAAUCAGCACCCCAGCCGGAACAAGAAUUCCCCGCCGUACGCGUCACAUAAUGGCAAAAUAUUAUGAAAGUGCUACCAUCUAUAACUAUUCCUGGGAUCAAGUUACGCAGGGCUUCUGGAACCGGUACCCAAAUCCGUACAGCUCGCACGUACUCUCGGAGGAUACGGUCUGUCGGGAGAUACGGAAUGGCAAGCUGCAUAGCAAACGGCUCCUAACAAAGACGAACCAUGUGCCGAAAUGGGGCGAACGAUUCUUCAAAGCUAAGUCGGUGAACAUCGUGGAGGAAUCGGUGGUAGACCCAAAGGAAAGGACACUCGUGACGUACACCAGAAACAUUGGCUUUAAUAAAAUAAUGAGCGUGGUAGAAAAGGUCGUGUACAAAUCGCUCCCGGAUCAGCCCGGCAAAACAAUCGCGAUCCGAUCGGCCUGGAUCGAUUCGUCCGUGUACGGGUUCGGUACCGCCAUACGGGCGUUCGGGUUGGAGCGGUUCAAGAAAAAUUGCGCCAAAACGGUCAACGGUUUCAACUACGUCCUGCAGCACAUGUUCCCAAACAAUCCGGUCGCACUGGUGGCGGUCGCAGCCGCCAACAAAGACUACCAGGGUUCGAAGGCACAGAAGCUGCGCGAAGCGGCAAAGCACGCGUCCGACCACGUGAAGGCACAGGCCGAACAUCUGGUACAGAACCUAUCCGUCAAGGGCUAGAAGUCGGGUGGGAAGAAGGAGACAACAGAAUGACUUGGCUGGCUCCUUGAGAAACCGAUCAUCGCUCACCGUAUGUGCGCCGUUCGUAUAACCGGACCGGCAUAUAAUUCCAGCUUUAGUAUGCGUUUUUGCAAAGGAAUGCAGAGUGCAGAUAUCCUUUGUACCGCGGUACCGCUUUAUCCUAAGAACUGUUUUAGUGAGGCAACGAUAGCAGAGUUUACAAAAUAGUCAUAAAUAAGGUGUCCUCGGCAUUGCUCUGGUAUGGGUGCGUGCGUGUGUGUGUGAGAUACCAAAUCCUCAUCUAGCCUUCCUAGUUAUCCCGAUGGCCUUAAGGCAGCCAGAUUCAUCUUGCUUCUUUCCCGCUUCUAGCAGUAUUUUCGUGGUGAUCGUGUGGCCCAUCCCAAUGUUCGAAGGCUGGUCCAUGACGCUUUAUGCCACACGAGACACCAUUUUGCCAACCGGUCCAAGGGUGAUGGUUGGGAAUUGUGCAAUCGACCUCCAUAUUACACGAUCUAUUCGAUUUGUUGAUCAUUCCACGUGAUUGUGAUGAUGUACCGUGCGGCACACACGAUCAUUUCCACUAGCACCUUGCAAAGUCUUUAGUAAGCAGUCAAACAGCAGAACCUACUCUGUUUGCAAGCCUGCCUGCCUGCUGCUACAGGGAGAUAGAGAAAGCACACAAAAGAUACUGUUAAAGUUAGUUAAAGAUUAUGCGCAAAACGCAGGCCAUUUGACAGAAAAGGUGCAACACUUGGGAAAUUCCCUGGAAAUGUGUGAGUGUUUGUGAAAAGUUAGAUUAGUGGGCAGGAUAAUAGUUGGUAACCGAAUUAGAAUAUUCAAUUGUAAAUGAUAACGUAAUAAAUUCAA